AUGGAGACAAGAAAGAACACCACAGCAGGGGCUCUUUUAUGGACCCUUGCCCCAGUUCGAACCUCACCCACCAGCUCUGUAAUUUCUGAGGACGUGUGGGAGGAUGAGGAUGAAGAAGAGGCAGAGAAAGACGAUGACUUUGUCAGCCAGAUGAAUGAGAACGGCAUCAUUGGACUGUCGGACGCACUGGAGAUUUUGGAGUUGUCGGCAUAUUGUGAUCCAGAUUCAGAAAGUAAUCCAAACAUGUGCCCUGGACCCAUCACCCUCGAUGACGCAGACCCUCGGGGGUGUGAGAGGGAUACACCCGAGGAGCUGAGUUACCGCCUGAGUAAACACUGCUCCCUUAACGCGCCACAAGGAGAGGAUGUACAAAUACUAUCGCCAUGUGAGUCUUUAUUUCACCUUGACUAGUUUUGAUCUUCUAGUCCCUAUACUACGCAUAAAGGACCAUUCCACUGGAAAGAAGCGCACAUGAUGGAUUGCAAGAAAGAUGGAGAGGAAGCUGGGACCAGGAAAGACCAGAAGAGAAAGAAAACUAAACCCCCUCGCAUCACGACUGGUUUGUCUGGGAGCUAUAUUUCCAAAGGAGAGAUCGAGGAGAUCAGCUCUUCGCUAUCUUGUAGUGCUCCCCUGUUAGCCAUGGGACCUGCUACAGUCGCCGAUCCUCACUGCCCAAUAUCUCAGCCUGCCUCACCGUUCACAGCCCUCACUUUCCCCCACCUUCUCCACUUCUCGGCUGAGGAAAUAGCUGCUGGUCCUGGUAUUGACGCUGAAAACCUUCCGGAGAUGAGCUUCACAGAAAGCCCUCCAGAAUCACACAGGAGCCACGUAAGCCUCAAGUCCAGUUCUCGUUGUGACGAGGUAAAGCUCGGGGCUUCUCUUCAGCCAGCAGCCGUGUUUUCUAAAGAAGGCGUGUCGAAUCAUUACAGCGGACCUUUAAAGGCAUCACAUAAGUCAGGUAAGCCUCACAAACUGCCCACUCCCUCACCAAGGAAGAUGAGGCAGCACUCACCUGAAGCUACGUGUUCAAAGAAUCUUUCCCUCAACGCAGCCAAAGUAGACUCCUUAAAAUUCAAACACCGGACCGCAAGUCCUGACAAAGUGCAGAAAACGCCAAAAGCCAGAAGUAAUGCUGCUGAAAUGGAUGAAUCCAGAAAAGGGCCUUUGAGUUACCGCACACCAGACUUCUCCAAAGUGGAACCCAAGGUCCAUUUCCCCAAAGAUGGUUACAGCCCCCCCAAGAGCAAACACCCAUCCAAGAGGAGGUCCUUGUCACCUGAGCCCCCCUUUGGGUUUAAAUCCCCUGCUGACAUUGUGAAAGAAGUCCUCCUGAAGACCAUAGCUGCUUCUCCUGCCUCAUCAGACUCUUACAAGCCACCAACCAGUGCCCCCAACUCCACUGUGCCUCAGGAGUUCAGAUGCCGCCAGCAGGCCACCACACUGCUCGACCAACUACAGGAGGACUACAACAGACUGCUGACUAAGUACGCCGAGGCGGAGAACACCAUUGAUCGCCUGCGCCUCCAAGCCAAGGACAGAUCUAUAAAGACCCUGCAGUCCAGGCUCAGACAUUGUCAGGACAUCACAGACAGAGCAGUGAACCUGUACUCUGACCCUCCAAAGCCCGGCCACUUGGUGCAGUCAGGACUGAACCGGGACUCUUCACAGGUCAUGGUGCUGGAUUUUUCUCAGGCUCAGAGAGCAGCGUUUAGCUCAGCAUCUCUUCACCCAAACGGACACAGCAAUAAUCAGAGAAGUUCAUCUGCCCGUCCUUCCACAAGAAGCCCAGACCCUCAGGUGGGAGAGCAGCUGGCCAAGAUUAUCUACAGCAUGGCUGACAAGUUCCUCCAGCAGCUGCAGACUUUUAAAGAUCUCCUAAAGAGCAAACAACUCCUGCCUUGUGACCAGAUGACGGGUCUCUCUCAGCUUGCUGUGGGCCUCAACUCUUUAGAAAGGGGCUACCUGUUAGCCAAGGAUGAACACAAAGUCCUGCUGCAGCGUGGGGCACAAAUCAGCCACUUUGACCCUGAACGGGAACUAGAGGGACUGAUCUUUCAAUGUGGGCUGUGUAUGGAAGAGCUGAAGGAGCAGGUGGAACAGAUGCAACAAGAGCAGCCCACCUGUGUGGCUCCUCCCUCUCCACCGCCUCACCCCGCGCCUUCGUCUGUCCCCUCUGAGGGAGGAGAAACGCUGACUCACCCGCAGAGCCCUCCUGUGCCGUUGCUGGUUGAUCCAGGUGAGGCAGCGGCGAUGGAGGUGAGCUCAGCCAGUGAAGAGAGUCAUGAAGAGGAGGAAACUCUUAAUUCUCUCUACCUCAAACCUCUGAAUGGCAAACAAAGGCAUGUUGAACAAGACUGUAUCACACCAAUGGAUCACUACCACAGCUUCAAGGAGCUUCCCAACGUCCAAGACAGUAGCCAGAGGGAAGGAGCUUCCCUUUCUGCUGCCUUAAGAAGCGACAUGCAGCCUGCGGACGGGGAGAGAGAAAGACAGAGUCGGAGAACUGAGGGCCUGGAAGUCCAGAAAAGUCUUCCACAGAGGAAAGACAUAUCGGAGCAUCUGGACUCUCCUCCUGUCAAACAGCAAGCCAGCAGGUCCAGUUCUCCUUCACGCAGAGGCUCCACCCAGUCCACCACUUUCCACAGUAGCAGAAGGAGGUUGAAGGUGGGAAAGUCCCACAGCAGCAGUCUGAGCAGUCUGGGAGAGAUUACAGCUCUGGAGAAGAGGAACUCCAAACUCCAAACUGGGAGCAGCGGAGUGCUUUCUCAGGAUGGGAUCAUCUCUCCGGAGACGGACAGUGGGUUUGUCUGUUCAGAGAGCAGCCGGCUGACUCCAGCAGCCGCUCCCAGUCCUCUCCACCAGAGGGCCUCAGAGAGUGUUUCAGUGCCUCAAGAGGGGAUCCUGGGUAAUCCUCAGAUAGGCCCAGUCUCAGUCCCCUCUCCUGCUUCGUCAUCGUCACACAGUCAAGUGGCUAUGGAGCCCAGAAGUGACUCUCGGAUCAGCCGUGAUCAGCAGAGGAGAACCUGGAAAGGGCAGAGAAGACGCACUUCCUCCUGCUCUCCACAGCGCUGCAUCCGUCAGACAGAACAACCCAUGGCCGACGAUGAGACCAGUGAGUCUGGGUUGGAAAGUUACAGAUCUCACGCUGAAGACAACCAGAAUGACCUAUACACAGAAUCUAUCAAUUCCCUCCACAACUCCAGCCGCAGCUCCUCCCCCGCUGGAAGGCAUCCCCGUGGCUAUUCUGUCAGACCACUGAGCUCCGAUGGUGCGAUCCAGAAGCUGCAGGCCGAGGUGGCCAGACUGAGGGAGAGAAUCAAAACCUGUGUGAGAACGCCUCCGAGCUCUGUGAGAGCAGCUCCUUCAGCUCAGGAGAACUACACUCAUAACGACACCUCUACACCUCGCAUCAGGUCUGGGGAGCGAUGGUGUGAUGUCAGGGGAAGAAGAGACAGAUGGCCGGUUGAUGAGGUUGAGGAGUCUACACUGAGACAAACAACAAGGAAGAGAACACCUUCUGCACACAGACAAAAAACACAACUGGACAUCAUGACAGGUUCAGAGCUCUCUUCACCCGAUCCUCAGCCUCUGGUGUCCAGGUGUACUCAAACAUCCACUGCAGCACCGGACACAAAUACUGUCCGCAGCAGAACACACCCCAGGCGGCAUCUUGGUGUGUCUGAAACAGCAGAUGAACCUGACAGCAGAAGCCGUCGAGCUUUUCUUUGUCCUCAGUGUUUGUCACGUCACCAAGGGCGAUCUGGAAUUGGUGGCGACAGAGAGCCGGUCCACUCCUUUUGCAGUCAUUGCUGUCUUCUCUGUGGACAUACAGAACCCUCCAGAAGCACUGAGCCAGACUCACCCACACGCAUAAGCUGCCACUCGUGUUCCCCGGAUAGAGACCGCAGAUACUUUGCAGCCGCAGCUUCUCCUGCCCUGUUGCAGUACAUUCCAGUGUACCCGCCACCACUUCUGAUGUACUCAUCGCCCCUCUACGUGUCUCCCAGCCACAGCACAACUUCAGGGGUCAGAGGUCGCUGGAAAAAGAAGGAAAGGACAAGAUCCUUCCAGUCCUCUGACAAGCAGCACUCCAUGAACACCUCUCUGAACAGAGCCAUCGGCGCAGCUCAGCACAUGAAACAUACCUCUGGACACAUGGCUCGCUGUCUGGCUACUGGAGUGCAAUACCAGGAGCUCCUGACUCAGUCCUGCAGCUACCAGACUGCUCACUCAGCUCACAGGCAGCAUAGACUGAGUAACCUGAGGAUGUCCACAUCACCAGGAGCUGAAGGCACUGAGUGCAGGACCAGGUAAAUCAAAUAUAACCAGAGCGUCUCUGUGACUUGUUUACGUAGCCGGUCCGGUGCCAGUGUGUUAGCCCUACUGGCUAGCUAGUGAUACGGUGCUUACGUCUGAUAAUUCUGUUUCUUAAGCAGUCAUAUUAAUGAUUUCAAAGGAUGUGCUGGCAUACAUUUAAAUGACAUACUUUCUAAACCACGUAGUACUGUGAAUCAGUUUUGUCAACAUGUUGGUUUUCAUAUCCGACGAAGGAAAGUCAUUAGUAGCUUCUUCAUUAUGAGAAGUUACAGCUGUUGUUAUGAUUAAUACAUAUUGACAUGAUCAAUAAAUAGCUCAAAAUAACUUGUGGUUAUAAAAUAUAUAUCUAGAUAUUUUCUAGUUAUAGUGUUGUAUAGUCUUUUUGUCCUGUUGUUGAUACAGCAGCGUACUGUGCUGUAAAUCAAAUGCAUCGCUCAGUGCUACUGUUGUGAUUGAGUUCGUUUU